ACAAGAACCACGUGGUUUCUGUAUAGUCGUCUGUCAUGGCGGGAUUCAUGAAAUGGAAAAAUGGACCUAUCUCCGAAAUAGUUUUUAUAAUUGUGUUUUUGUGUAUAUUAAGUACGCAACAAACCUCAGGAAGUAAGAUCAACAUAGUCAAUAUCAAAGAUGGCCAAGAGUCUGCCAAAACAGGUUCAACUCACUAUUGCUAUCUCAACCCCAUUGUCCCAGGUUGGAAGGAAACAUGGACAAGAAUCCAGGUUCGAGUAUGGAGCUCAAAACAGCUGAAGGUGACUGUUGUGGAGGAUGAGGAGAAGCUGCAGGAGCUAGAACAUUUCAGUGUCUGGGGUCUGGUGCAGUACCUAAUGCAUGAGCAGACCAAUGAAACCACCCUCAGCAUCAGCCUGUUCAGCCCAAAGACCUGCUUCAAGAUCAAACCCAUCGACCCUGCAGCAAUAUACACUGUAAAGCCCACACGAAAGUUCGACAUUUUCCUAUUUGUGACAUUCUUGGCUGGAGUGCUGCUGUUCAUCUUUGCAGACUCGCUCAGCAGGAGUCAGGUAUUCUAUUACUCUGCUGGCAUGAGCACAGGUAUGAUUGCCUCCCUCAUCAUCCUCAUCUUCAUCAUGGCACGCUUUUUGCCAAAGAAAAGCCCAUUUUACGUGGUGAUAGUUGGUGGCUGGUCAUUCUCUGUUUACGUCAUCCAGCUUGUGUUCAGGAACCUGCAGCUGAUUCUGAGAGAGCACUGGCACGUGGCUUUUGGCUAUGCUGCAGUGGUUGGGUUUAUCAGUUUUGCUGUGUGCUAUCGUCAUGGCCCUCUUGUGGAGGAGAGGAGUAUCAAUAUCCUGUCCUGGACGCUGCAGUUUUUUGGCCUGCUGCUGAUCUACGCUGGGAUCCAGGUUCAGCAAGUGGCGUUGGCCACCAUAAUUGCUACAUUCUGCUCUAAGAACCUGGAGUACCCUGUUUCAUUGCUCCUUCUUGCAUGGCAUAAAGUCAAGCCAACUCUACGCUUGAAGCCAGAGCCUCGUCGGCUGCUGACUGAAGAAGAGUUCCAGAAACAGGGGGAGGAGGAGACGCAACGUGCCCUGGAGGAGCUGAGAAAGUACUGCAGCAGUCCAGACUUCAGCACCUGGAAGACAGUCUCUCGACUUCAGUCCCCAAAAAGGUUUGCAGAUUUUGUGGAGGGCUCACCUCACCUGAUAUCAAAUGAGGUUUCUGUGCAUGCACAGGAAUAUGGAUCCUUCUUUGAGGAUGAUUUCUUUGACACGGAUGAGGACAAUGAUGAGGAGAAUAUGGUGAACGGCUUGAAAAAAGGAGACCUUGGGUGGAAUGACAGAGACUUGUGAAGAUGCAUAGAUGGGUGUUUUUCCCUGUAGCAGCAAGGUUGAUGGAGCAUAGUGCUGACUGGCCUUUAACCCUCACAGCUCUCCUCCAACCCGAAGCCAGGUGUUCAUGAAUCACCAGGAGAUAGUGGAAUCUGGCCAUUAGUAUACCUGUGAGAAUGUAUUGCAUCCAAGUUGAGGCAUAGAUCCUACUGUAGAUUGCUGAUGGCAACCACCAGUUUUGUAAAUUGACACUUAAAGCCAGACCCUGAGUGGAAUGUACUGAACUGAAAAUGUAAAUCUAAUUCAUGUGGAGAACUCCCUCGAGUUAGUGGCAUAUUUAUAAAGUUUGGAUUUAUCCCAGUGUUUUAAAUUCAGCUGAGAAACUUGACCACAGGGGUAUACUACAAAGCAGGAUUAAUGAGGUAGCCAGCUGACUUUGAUAAACAAGCAGAAAUAACUAUAGAUUUUCGGGUUAAUUAAGAAAGCUAAGCUUGGGUACAGUAUGUGUUUUGGUUAUUGAGUCAAUUAGACAAUGCACCACCUUUCAUGCUAGUCUUUCUAAAAAAAAAAAAGUUAUUUCUGAAUAUUUUUGCAAAUCAGCUUGCUAAGUCAUUGGUCAUGCUCUGUUGUGUUACACUCCUCAGCAAGAGCAAGUUUAUGAAGACUAAGAAUGUUUGGCAUUUAAUUUUUUGGGAGCAAGACACAUUAUUUAGCUGUCUUUCCUCAUUAGUAAACUGCCACGGCAAAUUUUUCGAGAUAUUUUAAUGUAAAAAAUGUUUUGUUUGGUCUUAUUGUUGAUGUUAAACAACUGACUUUUUGCAUUGUCAAACGCGUUGACGUAAACAGGAAAUUAUUUCAUAGCUGACAUCUGUUGGGAAUAAGUUAGUAUACUGAGCAAAAAUAUAAAUGCAACAACUAUAACAAUUUUACUGAGUUACAGUUCAUAUCAGGAAAUAAGUCAAUUGAAAUAAAUUCAUUAGCCCCUAAGCUAUGGAUUUCACAUGACUGGUCAGGGGUGCAACCAUGGGUGGGCUGCUUGAGAGCCAGGCCAGCCAAUCCGUAUGAGUUUUUCCCCACAAAUGGGAUUUAUUACGGACAGAAAUACACCUCAGUUUCAUCAGCUGUCUGGGUGGCUGGUCUCAGACAAUCCUGAAGUUGAAGGAGCCGGAUGUGGAGGUCCUGGGCUGGCGUGGUUACACGUGGUCUGCGGUUGUGAGGCCAAUUGGACAUACUGCCAAAGUCUCUAAAACAAUGUUGGA